GCUUUGGGGGCUGGAUUUCUGAGGAGGGGCUGGGGGCCUGGACUCCUGGGUCUGAGGGAGGAGGGAGCUGAGGGCCUGGACUCCUGGGUCUGAAGGAGGAGGCUGGGGGUCUGGACUCCAGGGUCUGAGUGGGGAAGGACUUGGGGCUGGGACCCCUGGGUCUGAGGGAGGAGGUGGCUGGGGGCCCAGACCCCUGUGUCUGAGGGAGGAGGAGGCCAAAGACCAGGUCUGAGGGCAGCUGUCCAGGAGUCCAGACCCCAUUUCUCAAGAAGCCCUGUGAGUCUGACUCCCGCUCUGCGCAUCUCUUGUAAACAUCCUGGUGGGAGCUGAGUGGCCCUGGGCUGCCUCCGUCAGAGAUGACACAGAGGCCAGACAGGACCCCCCAGGGACAGACAGACGGACACACACAGCCUCGGACCUGCUGACCUCACACCAGCCAGUCUUCCCUUGCCCACGGGCAGCACAUGAGCCAGGACCCCUGCUCCUGGCUCGUAUCCCAGCAGCAUCUUACCAAUGUUUGUGACCACCCCAGCACUGGGUCUCCCGAGCCUUGUCUCUGAGCCUCUGAGCUUCUUUGUGUGUCUAUAGAUCACAUUGUUUUGCAUCCUUGUCUUUUUCUCACUCUGGAUGUCUGUGCUCUGGUCCCUUUCCGUUUGUUGGUGUCAUCUUGCCACUUUUUGUGACUCCCCAAUCCUGCCUGUCAGUGUCUGUCCCCCAUCCCUUCUUGCUCUUCUAGCAAAGGAAAUAAUCUAAGCCGCAUCCCUGUCUUGAAGACUCAGGGUCCUGCGUAAUCCCUGACCUCCUGCCUCGCACUCACCCAGUCUCCCUCAGCCUCCUGAAGCCAGGGAAGAUGGAAGAUGGGGAAAGAUGACCCCACGGCCCCAGGGUGCGGGCCAAGGCAAGAUAAUCCAGGGGGACAGGCACCAGCCAGGACACUGGCCCGGCCCCAGACUCCUGACCUUUCCAGUAGAGCAUUCCCCAAACAGCAGAAUGGCCACACCUUUUUCUCCACCUGGGAACCAGGGUUUAGGGCGUGGACACCUGACAUCAAGGUCUGAAGGAGGAGGAGGCUGGGGGUUCAGGGUCUGGGGUGGCCCCCCAGGUUCCCAGUGGAAGGGGCUGCCAUUGCAUGAUCCCUAUUGUUGCUCUCAGACUGGCCCCAGGCCCAGUCCCCAUCCCCUCAGGCCAGUCCAUCCCCCAGGCUGGUGGCCUGAGUCACCUUGGCUGGCCCCGCCGGUCUGGGGGGGGGGGCUACGUCAGUUCUCCCCUCACUGACGCAGCCUCAGGCCCCCCCACGCUGACUCAGCCGGAAACAGGCCCCCUGAGGGGCGGAGACCCAGUGGUCAGAGGCCUGGGUCCCUGCGGGAGUAGAGCAGGAGCUGGGGAGGGCCCCUGGGGGGCCCUGGAAGGGGUGGCCAUGACAGACCGAGAGAGCGUGCUCUUACCUGAGGCAAUGAGGUCAUGUCCCACCAUGGGGGGGCUGUGACCUCACCUCCCCAGGGACUUGAGCAGUCACCCUCCCCCAGUGGUGGGGAAUGGGAGGUGGAGGACUUUAGCCCUCAUUCAUCCCUGGAGCCCCCCUGCCAGCUCAGCAGUUUUGAAGGCCAGGAGAGGGCCUGCAGGGGGACCCUUAGAAAUCUGUGUCACUUUUUCUUCUUACUCCCAUCCCGUCUUUCACUAGGAGGGGAGAUCCUUCUGGGGAUGAGGCUCUGGACCUGGUCCCUCACUGGCUCUGCUCAGUGGACUUGGUGCUCAUCCCGAUGCCUCUGUCUGCAAUGCUGUCCUCCCACCCCACCCCACCCCCGCUGUCAGCAUGUCUCCCUCUCCUGCUCUGGUGUCCCGUGCAGUGUACUGCUACCUCUGCCCUGUUCCUGUCUCCACUCCCUGGCCGAGCCGCUCUCUUCUUGUGUCUGUCACCCUCAUUAUCAUGCCUGCUCAUUCACCAUCUCCAGCUCUCACACUGGAUAUUACAUCCUUCUCUGGGUCUCCCUGCAUGUGUUAAUAAAAAUCAAGGAAGAGAAUUGCAAUGGCUCAUAUUUGUUUAUAUUGACAGCUGACCCUGUGCCUUACACGAGGGAACUCAUCCUUACCCAGGUGUUGGGGUGUGUGUGUGGAUGGGUGGAACGGCUGCUGGGUUAUCCCCAUUUCACAGAUAAGGAAACUGAGGCACAGAGAGGGUGCAACAGCACCUGUGCAAGGUCCCACCUCAUCUGGGCUUCUCACGCUCUCUCAGUCCCCUGUCUCUGCUGUUCCCCCCCCACUGCAGAUUCUGCCCAUCACUGCCGCCAUGGCUCAGCACCUCCAUCUCUGUGUGCCUACAUAUCCUGGGGCCUCUGCAGCUUUGUCACCUGCUGCCUGCCUCCCCUCUAAGCCUGCAACAAUCUGUCCCUUUUUCUCCUGGUGUCUCUCUGCUCCUGCAAUGUGUCUGCUUGGUGUGCCCAUUUCUCCGUGUGUCAUCUCUAUCUCUGCAGUUCAGACUCUUGUCUCUGUCCCAGGGUCCCCCUCAUCUCUCCAAGCGUCUCUGUCUUCUUGCUCGGGUCUCACACUCUCCUCCGCUCGCUUUCUCUGUCCCUUGGAGUCUCUCUGCCUCGCUCAUCCAUGUCCCCAGGCCUGUGUCCUGUGGCCCUGUCCCCAGCUCUCCCCCAGCCUCCCCUCCUCUCAGUCUGUCCGGUCCAGCCAACCCCCUGACCGCAGACCCCCUGCCCACAGCCCACAGCCGGGCCCCAGCUCUCCAGCCGCGGGUGUCUGCCCCUGUGGCGGCCUGGGCCCAGGAGGUGGAGGGAGGGGACGCCAAUGA